AUGUCCGAGGAGAAGCCCAAGGUGAGUGCGAGGCCGCCCCAGCGCCUCCUACAGCCGCUCGGGCCCCGUAGGCCCUCCGCCUCCUCUCGGGCCCCUUCCGAGCCUGCCUGCCUGCCUGCCCCCCUCACGAGAGGGGCGCGAGGCUCGCCGUGGGGCUGAGGCCCCGAGGGUCUGCGUUCCCCCGCCCCGGUUGUGAGCCGCGAGACCCGGACCCGCCUCACCCGGAAGGAGGGCGGCUCGAGAAGGGGCGGCCCGACCGCGCUCUUCCUCCGCGGAGCUCCCGCAAGAGUUCGGCGCCGCUCCUAGGCCGCGCCGCUUCGCUGCGAACUCCCAUCCUGGCCCGCCCCCGCCGGGUUCGCUAUUGUCGAGCCAGGCCGAAGGCGCGACCACCACGUGCUCCGCAAGGCAGCGCUCUCUCGCCGGGGGCCGGAUCCAUCCGGCCUCUUUCCCUUUCCCCGCCGCCCACGGCCCCUUUUCCGCGCGCAGUUGGACCGAGGUCUACACGGACCGAAGUCCAGUAAUUUCCAAAGGGUUUUGCACCUAAGAGCCCCCUUUCCCCGCGUGCAUCCAUAUAGUGAGGGGGCUGCAAGUUUGAGGAGAGGCUUUCAGUGCAGUCAAGUGCUGGCCAUUGAAUUCAGUGGAGGAUACCUCCCAAGACGGUAUGCGGAGCAUUACACUGUUCUGUUUUGCGCGUGUGGAACAAUCGCUAUCCUCAUUGUAAUAUUAAAACAAUUUAAUGAAAGAUGAUACGUUUAGCGUACAUCCUUCAGUUGUAAGCCUACAUCACAGAGUCGCUUAAAGGUGAGCUUUAUAGAUGAGUGGGUGUUUGUAGGCUGAAAAUAAUCAGAUAAGCAGGAGUGAAAGCAUUGAAAGUUUUUUUUCCAGUUUUUUGGAUGGUAUGUAGUUUUUUUAAAAAUUGGCUUUUAUCCAACCUUCCCCCAAUAGUUUUAAAAGCAGAGAGGGAUCAUUCUAAAAUUGAGUCUUUUUGCAGACUUGUGGAAUACAGUGGUACCUCGGGUUAAUUACUUAAUUCGUUCCGGAGGUCCGUACUUAACCUGAAACUGUUCUUAACCUGAAGCACCACUUUAGCUAAUGGGGCCUCCUGCUGCUGCUGCGCCUCCAGAGCACGAUUUCUGUUCUCAUCCUGGAGCAAAGUUCUUAACCUGAAGCACUAUUUCUGGGUUAGUGAGUCUGUAACCUGAAGCGUAUGUAACCUGAGGUACCACUGUAUCAACACUACAUUUAAAGCGUAUUUAACAUCCAUUCUUUUAAUUCCCCCAAAGAAUCCUGGGAAGUGGAGUUUAAGAGUACUGGAAAAGUUAGUUCUGUGAGGGAAAUUGCAAUUCCUACAAUUUUUUAGGGGAAAUCAUGUGCUUUAAAUGUAUAGUGUGGAUCUGCUGUUGGUCAACCACGUUCUGAUUCUGUGUGGAAUCUGAUAGAAUUGUAGAGUUGGAAGGGACCAAGUUUAAAUAUAUUAUGAAACAUGUAGACUUUUUAAAUAAUUACAGGAAGAUUGCCUAGUACUGGAGGUUGUUUUCCCUCCUACAGGAGACUGGUGCUGGUGAAGCUAAGACCCCAGGGUGGCACAUCUUUGACAAUUUAUUGAGUAUUAAUUGCACUCCAGAUUUGGAGUAAGAGAUGUAGUUCAGUGAAAGAGAAUCCACUUUGUAUGCAGAAGGUCCAGGGACCAGUCCCUGGUAUUUUCAAGUAGGAGAUGAGAACAUUCCCUACCUGAAAAGCAGAGAGCUGCUACCAGUCAGUGUAGUCCAGAGCUAGUCAACCAGAUGGUUUGGACUGCAACUCCUAUCCCUUGUUCUUGGCCAUGCUGGCUGGGACUGAUAGAAGUUUUAGUCAACAACAUCUGGAGGGUGCCAUGUUGGCUACUCCAGGUUUAGAGAAUACUCAAGUAAAUGGAUCUGAGUCAGUAGAAGACAACUUCCUCUGCUGCUUGAGGAAGGCUUUCAGUUUGCAUCAUGACUAGGCUGUGGAUUCUUAAAAAGCAUUUAAAGAUCAUUUUGAAUAACACAUAUAGCUAGGGAAAUGUUGUAAUUGGUGUGAGACUAACACUUGGGAUCAAGCUACAGUGGUACCUUGGGAUGUGAACGGGAUCCGUUCCAGAGCCCCGUUUGCAUCCCGAACAGAACGUAAGCCGCGACAGUGUGUCUGUGUGUGCCGCCGUGACAGUGCAUGCGCGUGACGUCAUUUGAACCGUAAGCACGAACGGCGAAACCCGGAAGUAACGUGCUCCAUUACUUCUGGGUCGCUGCAGAGCACAAUCCAAAAGCGCUCAAUCUGAAGCUUAUUUAUCCCGAGGUAUGACUGUACUAGAAAUUUAUUAAAACUGCUAGUUGUUUAAUAUGCUAUGUUGUGUGUUUAAGCCUACAAUCCUAACCCCAUUUACAUGGGAGAAAGCCCUUUGAAUCAACUAUGAUUUAUGAGUAGACAUGGUUAGGAUUGCGACCGAAGUAUAAGCUUACCAAUAGUGAAAGUAUAAAUGCAAUUUAUAAUCUUUCUAAGGGUAAGCCGUGGGGGGGGGGGGGAUUUCAGCAACCCUCUUGGGAGAAGUUUUUAUGCCAACCUUUUAUUUCUAUCACUUCCUGUGUUGCUCCCUAGGCUACUCAGUGGAAAAAGAAGGCAAAAUUGUUGUUUGUAAAUUUCACCUCAUUUUUUACCUUGAAAUCCUAACGGAAUUUCCUAGAGUAAAAAAAUCUAGAGUCCAGCAGCAGAAGAGGGCGUUUUCAGACCAAAAAUGUGGAGGGGUUGCUAGAUAAUGCAGUGAGGCUGCAUUACAUAUCAUCUACAGUUGUGUUACAAAUUAUACCUCCAAACCAGUUGAGGAAGCAGUGCUUUGUUAAUUCAUACCAAAAUGGUUGUGCUGCAGUCACAAUGAAAGAUCCAAACAUUGCUACAAGCCAAUGCUCAACAACAGGAUGACACAUGGGGAGAAGCAGAAAUACCCCAUUCCAAAUUCCCUUCAGCUUAGUCACAUGGCUUAGCCACCCUGCAGGGGUUACACCAUCCUUUUUGCCAGUGUAAGUCAAACUAUUUUUUACAGGUUUGUGGGCCUGUGCCUCUGCAGCGUUUGGGCUGACUUAAUCAGCAGUAGCUCCACUACUGAAUAGAAUUUGGAAUAGGAGUAAGUUGUACUGGCUUCCUGUAGUUUGGUUUGCUCUGCCCUUUUGUUUAUUUUAUUUAAUAAAAUCUGUGUGCUGCUUAACUGUAGUGUGGCAGCUGUGAAAAGCAUUCCAUGCUUGGGGUUAUUAGGAAAGGAAUCGAAAAUAAAACUGCUGACAUUAUAAUGCCUUUAUAUAAUUCAGUGGUGUGACUGUGUUUGGAAUACUGUGUACAGCUCUGGUCACCUCACCUCAAAAAGGAUAUUUCAGAGUUGGGAAUGAUUCAGAAAGGUGCCACCUAAAGUGAUCAGGGGGUUGGAACAAUUCUGCUAAAAGGAAAGGUUGCAGCAUUUGGGACUUUUCAGGGUAGAAAAUAGGUGAGUAAGAGAAGACAUGAUAGAGGCAUAUAAAAUUAUGCAUGGUGUCAAGAAAGUGGAUAGCUAAUGUCCCCCCUCCCUUUCUCAUAAUAGUAAGAAUUUGUGGAGAUCCAGUGAAGUUGCAAAUUUGAAGAUUCAGGGCAAAUUUUUAAAAAGUACUUCUUCACACAGUACAUAGUUGAACUAUGGAAUUUACACCCGUAGGAGGCAGUGCUGGCCACCAACUUGGAUGGUUUAAAAGAGGAUUAGACAGAUCCAUGAAGAAUAAGUCUUAUCAAUGGCUACUAGCCAUGAUGGAGGCUAUGCUCUGCCUCUGCAGUUGGAGGCAGGAAUGCUUCUGAAUGCCAGGAGCUGGAAAUGCAGGUGGGAAGAGUGCUCUUGUGCUCAGGUUCUGCUUGCAGGUUCCCCACAGCUUGGCCAUUGUGAGAACAAGAUGUUGGACAAGGUGGGCAUUGACUUUAUCCAGCAGGUGGUUCAUACGUUCUUUUCUGAGAAAUCUUCUAAGUGCUGCAGGUAUCAGCCAGGUUCUCUUGACUAAUGCUCCCCAAAUACUGAUCUGAACUUUUAUGUUUUGUUUUGCAGGAAGGAGUAAAAACGGAGAAUGACCAUAUCAAUUUAAAAGUAGCUGGCCAAGAUGGAUCAGUGGUCCAAUUUAAAAUAAAACGGCACACACCACUAAGUAAACUAAUGAAGGCCUAUUGUGAGAGACAGGUAAACGAGUUAACUAUAUUUGUGUGUUAUUAUGCACUUGUUUAUUGUGAGGUACAUAAAAAGGCUCCCAAGCACCCAUGGCUUAUUUGCCCAGAUAAAUUUUGAUGUUAGAAUAUUUUCUCAAGGCAUACAAAGUUCUGGUGCCUUGGUGGUGUAAACCCAUUAUGCUAGUGUGUUGACGCAUACAAUUAUCCCACAUAAUAUUUGAUGUGCUUGUUGAAUUCUUUCAUUUGCAGUGCUGAAUUUAUUAGCUUUGUCCUAGAACUUAAAUUUUCAAAAAUUCAAUUACUGUAACCAGUUUCUUCCUAUCUCGUGUUUCUUUAAUGGAGACACCAAGGAAAUACCCUGCGUAGUGAGACAUAUCUGCACAAGUGUCAAGUCAUAAUUUAUCUCAUUUAUGUUAUGCAUAAAUGGGGCUGUGUGAUGUGGAUAAACCUGGGUGCUCAUGAGAUUACAUUAGACCCAUCAGACACAUAACUUGUGUGCAUUCAGCUUUACACAUUUGGCAAAAAAGAGUAAAAUUUAAAAAGCAGGUGGGCAUCCAAGGGAAAAAGACUUUGGCAAUCCUGCCCACCAUUGCACGCAGUGUGUUUUGACUAUAUGUGAUUUUGGCUUGUAUUUGCUAUUCUUGGAAUGUAGUCCCCACAUAAAUUGUGGAUUUACUGUAUACUGCGAAGUGGGAAGCCAUAGGCUAAGGGAGCCAAAUGUGGCCCUCUGGCUUUUCUUGCUCGGCUUGUGCUUGCCUCUGGCUCUAGCUAUCGUUUGCAGGUGGCCUCUAGAAGGUUGCCUAGACAGGAAUGUAUUUGAUUCUGCUGUUCAUAGAAAGUCACCUCUACACUUGACAGAGAAAAGACACCGUCCUAAUUACAUUGCAUCUCUAGCAGCUCUACCGAGAUUGCUAAAUUAGACAAGUUUAUAGAAAUGUUGCAUGAGGCAAUAAAAUUCCUGAGAGAUACUUGGCUCAUGAAGUGUGCAUCCUCAAUCAGCUUUCAGUUUAAUUCUUUGAAAUACUGAUGUCUGUGAGCAAUAUCCAUUUUGACAUGAACUUAUAUAUGUGGAUUUACAUUAACUGUCAUAUUUCAGGGUUUGUCAAUGAGACAGAUUAGAUUCAGAUUUGAUGGACAACCAAUUAAUGAAACAGACACACCUGCACAGGUAAGAGAGAGUGGUGUUCGUUAUACAGUUGAAGCUGAGCUUACGGCUACUGCCUGUGUCUUGGAAGUUUAGUUAAUUACUUCAAAUGGGAAUUACGUUGAUUCCUAGAAUAAAAUGUUACUAUGGUGAGCUAAAUCAUUAUUAACAAGAGUCCAUCAAGGUGGGAGAGAGAAAGCAAUUAGAGAAUAUUAGAGAAGCUGUAGGCCUUCAAAAUUCAUGGGCAAUUUCCACUAGUGAGGAAAUGGUGUGUAAGGUUUCUGGGGUGUAAAUAAGGUUGACAGAUUUUGGUAGGCUCUCAGUGAUUAUUAGAAGUACAUAUAACAGAUCCCUUUACUGGAAUUAAUCCCGGGCAUGAUGUAAUUCCGUGCCUGUGGUACUUGGUGGAAUUCUCUCAUCAUUGAUAGAAAAUACUAAUUUUUCUCAUGGAAACUUUCUCCCCUGUAUCAAAUUUAUAGUGUAAGCAUGCUACAAAAUUUCCCCAUCAAGGAUUCAGCCUUACUGAGGCUGAAACUUUGUGCACAUUUAUUUGGGAAUAAAUCCUAUUGAACUCAGCAAUAACUUCUUCUGAGUAAAGGUGCUGGGUUGUAUCAAUUGACGAGCCUCCAGCAGAUUUGUGAGGGGGCUGCAGGGGGUAUGGUGGUUAUGGAAAAUCACUUCCCUCGCCAUUCUUCUAAUAGAAGGCUCUACUGGAUCAAAGAGUCUUCCAUUUCAACAGGACACCAAAUGGGCAUAAAGAACUGCACUGUAAGUAUUUGGCUGGAGGGAGUGCAAGAAAAUGCAUUCUUAGAGAUGGAAUCUAAGGCAUUACCCCACAAGAAAGAUAGGAAUUUUGGGUUAAGAGAGCUGAACUGUAGCACAUAUGAGUGUGUGAGCUACUGGGAAGAUCUGGUUUCUCCAAAUAAAUGUGUUCCAAAAUAGUUAACAUGUGGUCUAAAUAUUUAUUGUUAGUCUGAUUUUAAAUGUUCUCACUUUGAUGUAGGAUGUGAAAACUGAUGCCUUUCUUAUCCUUAUUUUAUUACUAUUUCUAAAGGUUUUGAAAGGCAUUAAUUGGGAUAGGAAAAAAGUUUUAGUCUAAGCUAACUGGUUCGCCAGACCAUGCAUGCUGGCUGGCACCAGAAAUACUUGUUUUAUCCUAUGUAAAAUUAUUCAUGCAAGUUGCUAGAUUUUUCUGUAUGUUUAUCAUUGAGGGUCUGUGUCUACAAAUUUUGCCUUGCCUCUCUUUUAUCUUCCUGAGGUCCUAUGACCUGUGCACAAAAUUUGGGGAAAGAGAGGCCUGCUCGCUCAUGUUCUAGGUUUCUGCAGAAGUUCCAUGCAGUGCCUGUGUCAUGAUAAGCAAUAGAAUCCAUCCAUCCUUCCACAGGUUGUGGACAAGGGAGGGUACUUUUUCAGUCAGGAGCUGGAUAUCUGCAGGAACUAACAUCAGCGAUUCUGGAGAAGUUGAGUGAGGAAAAGUUGUAGUAACUCACUUCUGCAAAAACCCACUCCUGAGAAGAAUAACCAUCCAGUUUCUUUCAUAAGCUGUACUUAUGGAGAAAGCACUUGGCAGUACCUUUCUGCUGCCACUUACGAAAGUUGUGGAAAGGGAGGAAAGAGCAUUUUAUCUAUUUAUAUGUAUGCUUUUAUCAAAACAAUUCACAAGGUGUAAAAUGUACAGCAGUAGCAACUGAAAAAAAUUAACAUUUAAAUAAUCAGUGACAAUAAGCAAGUAUAUCAUAACAAAGUCAAUCCACAACGUUAUAUUAAACUAGUACAGAUAAACUAACCUAAUUAACAGCUUAAAACUAAACAGGAGAGAGAAUAAAGCUUGAUAUGGAAACAGAAAUAGUAGUACAGAAAACUAAAUUCCACAAGGUAUUCUAUUAAGUUACCACAGUUAACAUACACACACUGGAUAGCAGCCACCCACCUAUCUUCACUAAAUUUCUCUCUUGGAUUUAUUUGGAAUGACUGUGUUAGCGGCCUUCUUAGCAUGCCCUCUGAGAUGUACUUUAAGCAUGCUAAUGUUGGGGGGAAAUGCACUGUAAAUGCAUGUGUAUCAUAUUAAGAAAGCUGUAGGAGUUGGCAGUAGAAAUAACCCAAGAAUAUUUAGCCUGCCAGAUUGUGAAGUGUUGGACCAGUAAGGGUACUUAGAUAAUGAUUUGCUAAGUAUAUGGUUUCCUCUGUUUCUAGGAGAGUGGUGAAGGGCAUUGUUCCUUCAAGGCUAUAUAUUAACCUUCCAAGCCACAUCCUCCCCAACCCUGCUUUGCACCCACCCCCGAGUGUUCUUACCUGAGUAGAAUGUGUCCUUGAACUCCAGUAAUGUUUCUUGCUGGCUUGGAUAUAGAGUACAGAGAUGUGUUGAGUGUGAAGAAACUAUCCUGCUGUACAAAGGUAGAAUUAGGCUUUUGCCUCUGGCCCUGUUCACCACUGGCAUAUGGUCCCCAGAGGCUCGUCCAGAAGGGAAUGCCUCCCUUGGGCUGAAAAAGUUCCCCAUCCCUGCAAAACAGCAAGCAGAUGUGGUUGCAGAUUUCUCUAAAAUUCUAGAAACCCAAUGUGGGUUUGUGAGAGAUGCAGCUUUUAGCACUGGAAGGGGGAAAACUGGUGCUGAUAAAAUAAUACAUCUAAACAAACCUCUACACAGUAUGCUUCCAAACAUGAAGUUAAUUAUUUGUACCUGUAGCCUACCCUUCACCAAAUGAUCCCAAGGCAAGUUACAAAAAUCUCACAGCUAAAACAGGUACAGUUACACAAAAAACAUAACACAACUGCAAAACAACAGACCAGAGAAGGCAUCUACUCAACCAGAGGUCUGGAUUAAGAGGUUUUGGUAUAUUAGAAACAAGAUUCCUUAAAUAUUAUUUUUAAAACUCAUUACUUUUUUGUCUUAUUAACAGUUGGAAAUGGAAGAUGAGGAUACUAUUGAUGUGUUUCAACAGCAGACGGGUGGCAUGUGCUAA